CAGUCGCGAGUGUUACGCUGCUUUUAAGGCGCUGUGGGUCGUCCUGUCUCAGUCGCGUCUGUACGUAUGCUUCCUUACGUACCCAACGACGCCCUCCGUGGAAGGAUUUAAUGUCACAGCCGACGUGGAGUAACUUUCCUGCUCGUUGUUUUUUAGCAUCUUGUUUCGCCCACGGUGUAAAAUCAGAAAGCUUCACAAUAAGGAGAGCCCCAUUACAGAAAUCAUGCCGGUGAAUUCAGCUUUGGUUAGUAAGAACUAUGACUACGACUACGACUCCCUGCAGCCCUUUUUCUACUAUGACAACGAGGAGGAGGACUUCUAUCCGGAGCAGCCGCAGCCUCCGGCGCCGAGCGAAGACAUCUGGAAGAAAUUCGAGCUCCUCCCGACCCCUCCCCUCUCCCCGAGCCGGCGGCCGUCCCUGUCCAGUCUCUUCCCCUCCACCGCCGACCAGCUAGAGAUGGUCACCGAGUUUCUCGGCGACGACGUGGUAAACCAGAGCAUCAUCUGCGACGCAGACUACUCGCAGACCUUCCUCAAGUCCAUCAUCAUCCAGGACUGCAUGUGGAGCGGGUUCUCUGCGGCGGCCAAGCUGAAGAAGGUGGUAUCCGAACGGCUUGCCUCCCUACACGCUGCGCGGAAGGACGCCGCCACUACUGGGGCGGUGGACCCGGCUGUGGCUGCUGCAUGGAGGCUGAACAGCAGCUACCUGCAGGAUCUGAACACAUCCGCGUCGGAGUGCAUUGAUCCGUCUGUGGUUUUUCCGUACCCUGUUGCGGAGACGCCCAAGCAGAUUGCAGAGACGGUGCGCAGCAAGGAUCUAGGGCUGGACACACCGCCCAACAGCGGGAGCAGCAGCAGUUGUAGUGACUCAGAAGAAGAAGAAGAUGAUGAUGAUGCUGACGAGGAUGAAGAGGAACGGGAAGAGGAGGAGGAGGAAGAUGAGGAGGAAAUUGAUGUAGUCACCGUGGAGAAAAGACAUUCGGUGAAACGAUGUGACCCCAGCCCACUGGAGAACAGGCAUGCAAGCCCUCUAGUCCUGAAGAGGUGCCACGUCUCCACUCACCAGCAUAAUUACGCUGCCCAUCCAUCCAUGAGGCAUGAGCAGCCGGCUGUCAAGAGGCUGAAGCUGGAGAGCAGCAGCAUCACAGGAGGAGGAGUGGGCGCUGGCGGAGGGACCUCCAGCAGGGUCCUCAAACAAAUCAGCAGCAACCGCAAGUGUUCGAGUCCACGAACAUCUGACACAGAGGACUACGACAAGAGAAGGACUCACAACGUGCUGGAACGCCAGAGGAGGAACGAGCUCAAGCUGAGCUUCUUUGCCUUGCGAGACGAGAUCCCGGAGGUGGCCAACAACGAGAAGGCAGCCAAGGUGGUCAUCCUGAAGAAGGCUACAGAGUGCAUUUACAGCAUGCAGUCUGACGAACAGAGACUCCUGUCAUUCAAGGAGCAGCUGAGGAGGAAAAGUGAACUUUUAAAGCAGAGACUUGCACAGCUACAGGGUUCUCAUGUUUAAAAGCUUCAAUUUAAGACUUUUUGUUUUUAUAAAAGUUCAAGACUCGAUGUACAGUUGUUGCAUGCAGAUGUUCAAUGGGUUGAGUUGUUUGGAAUCUUUGAUUUCAAAGUUUAAACUGCCUCAGCUGAAGUUAUGGGUGAAUACAAUAUUUAAAAGUUUAUUUUUUAUUAAUAAAAUGUUUAAAACUGGUCUGUUCUGUUCCUAGAUGGCUCAAAGCAAAAUAUAAAUUUCUAUGUUUUGUAAAUAAGUAAUAUUUCCUAAGAAAAUGUAUUUUUCAAUCACAAAUGUCUGGAUGUUCAGACCCACUUUUUUGUUUUGUUUUUUGCAAUAUGUUCAUGGAUCUCUUUUUGAAUUAUAAAAAAUGUUUUCUUGAA